GCAUCAUCUGAUCUCUCUCUCCCAUCCUCUCAUCACAAUUCCAUUUCCCAAUCUCGAGAAAGUGCCAUAGAACGAGCACAUACACAGAUGCUCACCUGUCUUCUUCCCUCACCUCAUCCUCACAAUGAUUUGGCCUGGAAACUCACAGAGAUCCUCUGCUAGUACUUGAACACAUAGUCAGUCUCGGACUGAGUGUGGUAGUUAACAUCUUCUUCCUUCACCUUUCGCCACUCUGCUGUUGCAGCUGCCAAGAUUUCGAGCUAGAAGGAGGCAAUGGCUUCUUCGCCUCCUGCAAUUAUUGGGACAGAGCCCACCUGGGUCCCCUACGAGCCAACCAGGGACUGCUCCCAGGGGCUGUGCAGCAUGUACUGCCCGCAGUGGUGCUACUUCAUCUUCCCUCCGCCGCCGCCCUUUGACCUCGCCGACCCCAGCCAGGACGACUCCUCCGGCCAUGUCUUCUCCCCACUUGUAAUUGCAAUCAUCGGUGUGCUAGCAACAGCCUUCCUCCUUGUCAGCUACUACACCUUCAUCUCCAAGUACUGCGGCACCUUCAGCUCCCUCAGGGACAGAUUUUUUGGCUCCCACUCUGUUGCCGGUGCCAGAGGUGGUGGAGGCAGUGGCAGUGGUAGCGGUGGGAGCGGCCACGGCCAGUCGAGGAGCCAAGAAUCAUGGAAUGUCUCGCCGUCGAGCGGGCUGGAUGAGACCCUGAUCAACAAGAUCACAGUGUGCAAGUACAGGCGCAGCGAUGGAUUCGUCCACACGACAGACUGCUCGGUCUGCCUCGGUGAGUUCCACGAUGGGGAGAGCCUUCGGCUUCUGCCGAAAUGCAGCCAUGCCUUCCACCAGCAAUGCAUUGACACAUGGCUGAAGUCGCACUCAAAUUGCCCCCUCUGCCGCUCCAACAUUACAUUUGUCGCCGCUGGUGAGGUGUUGCCGGAGCCAGAGCUCUGUCCCCCAGGCCAGAGCGGGAGAGGCACACAUGAGGUGGUUGUGGUGAUGGAAGACUUGGAAAACAUGUGUGAAGAGCAGCAGGACAGUGGUAGCGGCAGUGUUGACAGUGAUGAUCAUGAGGUGAAGGAUGGUCCGGAGGGAAUGGAGGAGGCAAAUUGCAUAGCCGAGAUCAGAGAAGAAGGCGUUCCACCAAAGAUGGGGUGUGCAUCGUCGUCAAACCUGCAGCGUGACAGCCGGAUGUCCAUUGCUGACGUGCUGCAGUCCACCAUGGAAGAUGAGCUGAUCGCAGCCAGGCAGAGUGGGCUCCUUGCAGGUGACCAUGGCACGUCAAGGCGGUGCCGCGGUGAGAACAGCCAUGGACGGAGUCGCAGCAGGCGCGCAUUGCAGGACGCCCCAGACUCAUUGCCGAUGAAGAGAUUGCCGCCCAGUGGCAGGUCUUGCUUGAGCAGCAAGAGUGGCAGGGGAACUGAUUCAGAUCAUUCAGUGCGAGGUGGUCAGUCGUGAUGUCCUUAGCCAGGAUCCUGGACAAGAUAGGAUCCCGUCUGUUUGCGUGAUGGGAUGCAAAAUAGGGAAGCAAGGACCAUCAUCAUAAUUUGGAGAUGUCGUCGUCUUGUGAUAAUGUUGAUUUCCCGCAGUUGCAUGUGAUGCUACGGCCAAACCCUUCCUUGGCGAUGUUUGGGUAAGAUCUCUUGUGAUGAUAGUUUGGCAGGCGUUGGAUCUUCUCGUUUUUUGCUCUUCCGUGUUACAAUAUGACAUAGGUCGUCUCCUCCACACAUUUCAUUCCUUCAGUGAACAUGUUUUACUGUGAGUGCAGUAGAAGGCUAAAGUUUUCUCCGGCCUGACCUGUUUUUCUUGCCUUUUGUGUGUUUGUGGCUUCACCAUUCGUUGCAAAGUGAGUGUGGAAUCCGAAGGAUCAAAUGUUAGUAUGAAAUAUUGG